GGAGGCCGCCGAUCGUUCACGCAUAUCGCCAUUUUCAGCCGUCAGACGGCUCCAUGUAAUCAUGGACAACGACUACUCGAUCGGCUUAGAAAACCCUCUGUACAGCGAGCUGAAAUACUUCUGUAGGAAAAUCCAGGAGGCCUACAACGAGCUAAAAGAGGAGCUGACACCUUACAGAGAUGAUCGCUUUUACAGACUGGCCCCCAUGCGGCUCUACACACUGUCUAAAAGACAUUUCGUCUUGGUGUUUGUGGUGUUCCUCAUCUGCUUCGGCCUCACAGUCUUCAUCGGGAUUGCAGGUCCUAAAAUAAUUUUUGAGCAAGAGUACAGUGGUGAUCAGCUACUUGUCAAAAAUGGCUCAAUUAAGACUGGGCCCUUUAAUCUAGUUUCUACUCCCCUCACUACCUACAACCAGCAGCUAUGGCUCACCUGUGUGAUGCAGGCUGAACACAGCAACAUGGGAGAUUUCCAGCAGCCUUUCGAGAUCUAUGUUGAGCUAAAAGGAGUGAUGUCAGAUGCCAGUGUAAUGCACAUUAAUGAUGUACACCAGAAAUCAAGAACACUACACUGCAACCCUAAAUGUGAUGAGAUCAUUGUGCUUCAUCUGGGCUACUUGAACUACACCCAGUAUCAGGUCCUGGUCAGUUUCAAAGGCCUUGAAAAUAUCACGUAUGACCUCAAGGUUAAUUUUGUGUGGAAGACGUACAACUCAACCUUCUCACAAGUGGAGAUCUGGUUCCGGUUUGUCUUUGUGGUGUUGACCUUCAUGGUGACGUGUAUGUUUGCACACUCACUGAGGAAGUUUUCUAUGAGGGACUGGGGCAUUGAGCAGAAGUGGAUGUCCAUCCUUCUCCCUUUGCUGCUUCUCUAUAAUGAUCCAUUUUUCCCGUUGUCGUUCCUGGUGAACAGCUGGUUUCCAGGGACAUUAGAUGCAUUCUUCCAGGCUCUGUUCCUGUGCGCCCUGCUGCUCUUCUGGCUCUGUGUUUAUCACGGCAUUAGAGUUCAGGGUGAGAGGAAAUGUUUAACGUUCUAUCUGCCUAAGCUGAUCAUCGUGGGUCUUCUUUGGCUGUCAGCAGUAACACUGGGCAUAUGGCAAACGGUAAACGAGCUCCAAGACCCUACCUAUCAGUAUAAAGUGGACAUAGCAAACUUUCAGGGCAUGAAGGUCUUCUUCUUGAUCAUCGUUGCCCUCUACAUCCUCUACCUGAUCUUCCUUGUUGUCCGAGCUUGUUCAGAACUUAAGAACAUGCCUUACUCAGAUCUCCGGCUCAGGUUUUUGACUGCGCUGACAUUUGUGGUCCUUGUAAUAAGCAUGGUCAUUCUUUACCUGAGGUUUGGUGCCAAGGCUCUCCAAAACAAUUUUGUUGCAGAACUGUCAACUCAUUACCAAAACUCUGCUGAAUUUCUGUCAUUCUAUGGCCUAUUAAACUUCUACUUGUACACAUUAGCAUUUGUGUACUCUCCCUCCAAAAAUGCCCUUUAUGACUCCCAGCUGAAAGAUAACCCAGCUUUCUCCAUGCUAAAUGACUCAGAUGAUGAAGUAAUUUAUGGGAGUGAUUACGAGGACAUGCCUUUACAAAACGGACGUGCAAUCAAAGCAGCUGCCAAGUACCAGGAUGACACUGACAGCGACUGAUGGGAUCUCAAACCUUUGUGACGUUCCCCUUUUUUGUCCCAACAUUUUACACAUUACCACAAACUACUGUGUCAUGUGUAUGUGUAAAUAAGGAGUAUUUACAUUGUUAAAGCAAAAUGAAAACAUGUAAGUGUACAUAAAUAUAUUUUUAAAAAGGAAAAUCUCCAUGUCUACUGAAUGUACUGUACUUUUACUCAAAGUCAAAGCAGGAAGCCACUUGCGUUUUUCUUUUUCUUGUUUUUGCUUUGACAUUUUCAUCAAGGGAAACAAACACUGAUGUAAACUUAUAAACUUUUCUUUUUUUUUUUUUUUUUUAAUCAGAUUAUGACCUUUUUCCCGUAUGACCAGCAUUGCUUUACAGCCUCAUGAUUACAGUGAACGGGAAAAGUGCUAAUAUUAAUUGAGAAAUUUUCUGGUGUGAAAUCAUUCUUUUUAAUGCUUUGUGUUGAACCCCUGUCGUCUCUCUAUACUUGCACUGGGUUGUUUUGCCAUUUCCUUAUGCUUUCUUUGACAGUCUGGGUUGAAUUAGACUGUUUAUAUCUGGCCAAAGCUGAGUGACAUCACAAUUUAGGUAGAAAGUAAGGAAAACCUCUGCAGCAUUGCACUCUUAUAUGUGGUACUUUGUGACUCUUCAGCUCUGCAUGAAUCAUGCAAAUGUAAAUAUAGAGGACUUCUGCUUAAGUUAACACCACUUGUCUCUUACCACUCAUCUUGCCUUUGAACGCAGCUCUGUAAUUGCACUGGCUUAAUAUUGUUAAUUAUUUGGUACUAUAUUGUAUUAUAUGACUACCUGGAUGGAUGGACUUUGAAGAAAUUUGUGAAUUUUACACAACUUUGUGUAUGUUGACUUCUAAAAAUCUUGAGACAUUUCUUAUUCCAGCAUAUUCAUUAGUUUUACCAUUUGCAAAACAUGUUUGCCUUAUGUAAGAUAUAAUGUUAUCAUUUUCUCAGUUGUAACUUCCCUCAUAUUGCCAACAGUGGGAGACUUGCUGCCCUCACAGCCAAAACAAAUACUCCUCUGUACAGAUACUGUAAUAUCUCAGUAUGUCAAAAUCUGCUCCUAAUCAAGACUGUGCCUUGUCUUUAUAACAGCCUUUUUCUUUUAAAAAGGGCAGCAUUCUCAAAUACGUAAACAUAAAUGUAUAUUGUGUGAAUGUAGCUGAUGAUCAUUUGAGGUGGUUAAAUGAGAUUGUUCUAGGUCGGGAUGUGUUAAAAGAUUUGCAAUUUCCAUUGCUUUAUGACAUAAAAGCUGUACAUGUUCCGUCAUGUCAUGUAAAUAAAGAAAAGUUUACACUG